AUUGCAUCUGGGUAUUGGGAUUCACCCAUUUGCCCGCCAAUGAAGUAUAUCCUGGUUACUGGUGGGGUCAUCUCAGGCAUUGGUAAAGGGAUCAUCGCCAGCAGCAUUGGGACCAUUCUCAAGUCAUGUGGACUCCGAGUAACCGCCAUCAAGAUCGACCCCUACAUUAACAUUGAUGCUGGCACUUUCUCACCUUACGAACAUGGUGAAGUAUUUGUUUUAAAUGAUGGUGGAGAAGUUGAUUUGGACCUUGGUAAUUAUGAAUGAUUUUUGGACAUUAAUCUUUAUAAAGACAACAACAUCACCACUGGGAAGAUAUAUCAGCAUGUGAUCAACAAAGAGAGGCGCGGUGAUUAUCUGGGGAAAACUGUCCAAGUGGUCCCCCACAUUACUGAUGCUAUCCAAGACUGGGUUAUGAAUCAAGCCAAGGUGUCUGUGGAUGGCAAUAAGGAAGAUCCCCAGAUAUGUGUUAUCGAGCUGGGAGGCACAAUUGGAGACAUCGAAGGGAUGGCAUUUGUGGAAGCAUUCCGACAAUUCCAGUUUAAAGCAAAGAGAGAGAAUUUCUAUAAUAUUCAUGUCAGCCUUGUGCCACAGCCCAGUGCUACUGGAGAACAAAAAACCAAGCCUACACAGAACAGUGUCCGUGCGCUGAGAGGGCUGGGCUUGUCUCCGGAUCUGAUCGUCUGCCGAAGUUCGAAACCCAUUGAGAUGGCUGUGAAGGAGAAGAUUUCUAUGUUUUGUCACGUGAACCCUGAACAGGUCAUCUGUAUCCAUGAUGUUUCUUCCGUCUACCGAGUCCCUCUUCUUUUGGAGGAGCAAGGUGUGGUUAAAUAUUUUCAAGAGAGAUUGGACCUGCCCAUCAAUGAUUGCUCAAGUAAUUUGCUUUUCAAGUGGAAAACCAUGGCUGACAGAAAAAGACUUCUAGAAAAAAUAUGUUAGCCCUUGGUUUAAAUCCACACCAAACUCAGGGACUGCUACGCCUCUGUGUUCAAAGCCCUGGAACACUCAGCCUUGGCCAUCAACCACAAGUUGAAUCUGAUGUACAUAGACUCCAUUGAUCUGGAGCCAAUCACCAAAGCUGAGGAUCCUGUGAAAUUCCAUGAAGCUUGGCAGAAGCUGUGCUUAGCUGAUGGUAUUCUCGUGCCUGGAGGCUUUGGAAUUCGAGGAACAUUGGGAAAACUCCAGGCAAUUUCUUGGGCAAGGACAAAGAAGAUUCCAUUUCUGGGAAUUUGCCUUGGGAUGCAACUGGCAGUGAUUGAGUUUGCAAGAAACUGCCUGAACUUGAAAGACGCUAAUUCUACAGAAUUUGAUCCAAACACUCCAGUCCCAUUGGUAAUUGACAUGCCUGAACACAACCCUGGCGAUUUGGGAGGAACAAUGAGACUGGGAUUAAGACGAACUGUUUUCACAACUGAAAAUUCCUUACUGAAGAAGCUUUACGGCGAUGUUCCUUACAUAGAAGAAAGACACCGACAUCGGUAUGAGGUGAACCCUGACAUGAUCAACCAAUUUGAGAAUAAAGACCUUUGCUUUGUCGGUGAGGAUGUGGAUGGGAAGAGGAUGGAGAUUAUUGAAUUGACAGGUCAUCCGUAUUUCAUCGGCGUCCAAUUCCAUCCUGAGUUUUCCUCUAGGCCAAUGAAGCCUUCCCCUCCGUACCUGGGACUCUUACUUGCAGCAACUGGAACUCUGAAUACUCAUCUGCAACAGAUGAGCAAACUAUCGUACAGUGACAUAUACAGUGAUGCCAGCGAUGACAGCUUUUCAGAGGCAAAGUUUGCUGAGCUGGAUAUCAACUGAAGCUCUUUCUUGCCUCAGGAAUGGCAGAAGCCACCUAAGAGGCCUCUGAAGUAAUUAUACUUAAGAUGAAAGAAUUAUUUGAAGAAACCACCACUCUGUUCCCUAGACAUGGGCUGUGAAGAUUCAAAGGGAAUCUGCAAAUGUUUACUUCAUGAAACAGAACCAAAGGGAUCCUUUUCUUUCCCCUCCAGACGCAGCCUGUAGUAUUCACACAUUUCUGUACUUAAUUAAAUGUAAUUCAACAGCAAUCCCGGGGUAGAAAGUGUUUUUGUUUUGUCCAGAACAUAGUGAGUUCAAGGUGGUAAGCAGGAAUUGGGGGAACUUUGUCUUCACAGUAUUGCAUGGGUAAGGUGGUGGGCAUAUGCUAUAACCAAUUUUGGGUUUAAAAAUGAGUUGUUCUCUUACCUGGAUAUGAACUACAGGUUAGUAUGGGAGUUAAGAUUAUUUUACGUUCUCAUUCUGUUUAUUUCCAGUACGUCUAUUUUCUCAAAUAUAAAAUGUAAAAGGGAAUCUGAAAACUUAGGAAUCGGGAUAAGUAGGGCUGAGUUCCAUCGCUUCAACCCACACAGAGCAGCAAACCAAUACCCACAGGUCUUGUGACCCCAGCAUGUGCACACACAGACACACCCACUAAAAAUCAUUAAAAACAAAACAAUAAUCACCUUGUUUUUUAAAUUCAAAUUACUUUUUAUUAUUCUUUUGACAACUUCGUACAUACAUAGAAUUAUUUUGGUCAUUUAAAUUUAUUAUUUUUCACAUCCCAGUUGUUGCCCCCUCUUUUUAUUACACUCUCACCCCAUUCUCACUGAAACCCUUCUUCUCAAAUAAGUCCCUCUUUUAUUUUCAUGUCUUUUCUGUUGCUUUGUCUUUUUCUUAUUGAGGUAGCAUCUCACUCCGUAGUGCAAGCUAACAUGGGACUUACUGUGUAGUUGGCUAUAGUCUUGGCUCACUGUGAUUCUCUGGCCUCAGCCUCUCAUGAGUUAGGAUUAUAGGUGUGAGCUGUUCUGCUGUGCUCAAGAUCAGCACUUUUGUUUGUUUGGUUUUUGAGACAAAUUUUUGCUACGUAGCUCUGGUUAUACUGGAACUCACUGUGGCUGGCCUUAAAGUCACAAAGAUAUGCCAUUCUCGGCCUCUCGAGUGCUGGAGUUAAAGGCAUGUACAAACACGCUUGGCUAACAUUUUUUUUUCAGUUGGAAAAAUAACAAUUGUAAAGUGAAUUAUGCAUUGGCAUUUACUGAUACUUCACAGCUCUCAGUUUUAUGAAAUUACUCCAGAAUUAACCUCUGUUCCCCUGGGCAGUCACUCACUCCAGAGGUAUUUCUUUCUGUCCUCACCCCCUGGCAACUCUUGUAACUACACUGAUCAAGGCAACUUGGAAAUAAAAGAAAGCACUGAUCAACCUCUA